AUGUGGUCGAUGCAAGAGUUCGAUCAUUUACUGAAGGGCGUGUUUAGAGUUUUUAAGGUCCUGAACUUUCUUGAUUGGUCUCUGAGUGCUCUCGCCAAGAAAGUGGAAGAAAAGGACUCGCCAGACAUACCAAAUCUUCUGAGUGUGAUGUCUUGUAUGGACAAGGCGUUACGGGAUGGAACGAAUGAAGUGGCAGCGAUUUUCACGGCAGGCAUCGUGAAGAAAAGGUCCCUCCUCUGCUCCUUUACAGCUAAAGGGGUUACGCAGCCAGUGAGGUUUUGCCUUCUUCGUUUGCGGCCAAGAGAGCAAGAGAGGAGAAGCAGCCGCAACAGUUUUUUCGAGGAAAACAGCCCUGAGGUAUGUCGGGAACUACUCGAAAGCCAUCCAGGAAAGGCGGCAAGCUCCCUUCCAAAAGGAGGCCAUGAUCAGACAGUCCUCCAGACACAAAUAGGAGCCAAGCUUUCUUUGUUUUGGGAAGCUUGGAGAGACAGAGGGGCAGGCAACUGGACCCUUCAAAUACUCAGGGAGGGCUACAAGAUCCCGUUUUACACCAAACCUUCCAUAGUUUUAGAUCCCCUCGACUUAACAGCGAAUUACAAGGACAGCAACAAGAGAUUCGCGUUGAAAGAACAAAUAGAGCUUAUGCUCUUAAAAAAGGCGAUAGAACCUGUUUCACCCCAAGAGAAUCCGGGGUUCUACAAUCGACUGUUCUUGGUUCCCAAGAGCUCGGGAGGAUGGAGGCCCGUUUUGGACAUCAGUGCCCUGAACGCCUUCGUCGUGAAGACGAAAUUCACGAUGGAGACAACGCAAUCAGUGCUAUCGGCGUUAAGACCAGGGGAUUGGAUGGUCUCAUUAGACCUGCAAGACGCUUAUUUUCAUGUCCCCAUCCAUCCGAGCUCUCGGAAGUACCUCAGGUUCUUAUUCAAAGGAAGAGUAUUCCAGUUCAGGGCUCUUUGCCUCGGGCUCAGCACGGCGCCACAAAUAUUCACGGCUAUUAUGGCAAAUGUAGCCAGAUGGCAGCACGAAGGGGGAAUCCGCAUUUCACUUUAUCUAGAUGAUUGGCUUCUCAGAGCCAGCUCCAAGAAACAGUGUCUGGAGGACAUGGAAAUAACCUUGAACCUAGUACAGGAAAUAGGGUUAGUGGUGAACUUGGAAAAGUCUCACUUGGAGCCUUCUUGUUCGAUCAUUUAUUUGGGAGUUCUGAUGAACUCUCAGGAUUUUCGGGCUUCUCCCUCCCAGGAGAGACAAGACCGAUGCCUAAAGCGGGUGCAGGAAUUCCUGGAGAGACAAUAA